ACCCUGUUUCCGCAAUCAGCACGCAUACCUAUAAAUAGCAGUUCUGCGGAUAACCUCAAGAGUCAGGAUAUCCCAUGAAUUCGUACGUAAGAUUCCUCUGAUCAUGAGUGUUUUUGAAUUAAAGCAGAAUGUGCUGUCCUCCACGACUCCACCAUCGAUCUGGCAACCCACUGUGAGUGGCUGAGCCUGAAACACAUCAGAUCCGUCAAGACCAGUACAAACUAGGUUCUGCGUGAGCCCUAAUUAAUUCUACAACACGUCAGCGGGCACGCUUGGAAAUUGGACGGUGAAUGAAUGCUGAGCAUUGAAGGCUGCAAUUCCGAGAGACGGGUCACGGACCGUCACGGACUACCAUGUGUAUUUGGUACAUUUGCACUUCCCAUUCUCUUCUUGAAUUUAGCGCCAAGCAUCCUCUUCUUGAAGCAACAAGCAUUCUAGUCCUCUCGAAAGAGAAAUCUGAUUGCAUUCUCUUCUUGGAGCACCACGCAUUCUCCUCUUGAAGCACAAAGGAAGCACCAGAACUUAGUUGCGAGCUUAUCUAAGCUCGGCCUUGUCCUGAGCUCACGUCGAGUUUGUGGCCAAGUACAUGGGGGACAGGGUCACGACUUCUCAGAGCCCCAAAACGGAAGGAGCUCGCAGCGUCAUGGAAAUGCCAGGGGGUCAGCCGUACGAUAGCUUGCAUAAUGAAGCCGAGCUAUCCAAGAUAAGUCACGAUGCUGCUUUCAUGGAGGAAGGGAAGAACGGCAAGGGAGAGGUGUAUUUCAUCAGACACGGGGAGUCUGAGUCAAAUCGCCAGGGACGCUUUGCAGGCGUUUUCGACGUGGCCCUCACCCCCUUCGGUCAGAACCAGGCGCGGCGCGCGGGGCUGGACAUCAAGGCAAAGAAGCUCGCGCACUUUGACAAAGUGUACGUGUCGUACAUGCUCAGAGCGCGCCAAACGUGCAAGCUCGCGCUGGAGGAGGCCGGAAUCAAAGGAACGGAACCGGAACAGGACGGCAGGAUCGCAGAGCGCUCGUUUGGGACGUUUGCCGGGCGCAGCAUUGCUCUGCUGAGGCAGGCGUUCGGCUACGAGCCGUUCGAGCACUUUAUGCACUCAGCGUACGAGGCGCCCCCUCAGGGCGAGACGAUGAAGAAGGUGUAUGAGCGCGCGCGCCUUUUCAUGGAGGACAAGGUGCUGCCACGUGUCGAGCGCGGGGAGAAGGUGCUGGUGGUGUCGCACCAGUACGUAAUUGAGCCGCUCGCGUUCUAUUUGGACGGACUGACGGCGGGCGACUUCUUUCACUUCAAUCUGCCUAACGGAAAGGCCCUCAGCCGCUCCGAUCUGGUCAAGUACAAGAACAUGGAGACGGGCGGCUUCGGGAAGUUCAUCCAGAAGCUGGGCGACAUGGUGGCCCUGCACGGGCUCAAUUUGUCGCCGCUUCUGUUCAUCGUCGGUCUGCUCCUCCGCUGGUACUUUACCGACGCCAUGCCGAAGCCGCUCUUUCAGACUUUUCUUACCGUCGCACUAUUCUUCUCGACGCUCUACUCCUACCUGGAAAUCGACCUCCCGAUCUCGUUCGCGCGCGCGCCUCUGAGCGCGGCUUUCAUCUACUUCGCCCAGUUCGUUGCUCGCGUCAUCGUGAUGGUGCCGCUGUUGCUAACGCCAUUCAAGCGUGACGUGGCGGGACAGCUGUUCGCGUUGUAUUGGCUCGUGCCACCUGCGCUGACGUGCGCAACUGUGUCACUGCUGUGGGGGGGCGGACUAUACCUCUCAGUGGUAGUGUCUCUGAUUGCCAGCCUGUUGCAGCCGCUUCUCCUGAUCAUCCUCUCAGCCACGGACGUAACGGUGUUUAAGCCGGAGGACAUGACGUUCUUUUACAUACUUCUUGCCGUCGGGCUCGGCGUGCCCGGGGCCAUCGCCCAGAUCUGGCGCAGGCGCUCCCCGGUGGAUUGCAAGAAGCACGCCAAGAAGUGGCAGUGGCUCGGUACGGUUGCCUUCAUGUGCCUGGGGCUCUUCUCCGGGUACCAGUUUACACCCGAGUCGCUCAUCCACCUCGUGUUCAACCACACGUACAGCACAGCAGAGGUUUUCAUUAUUCAGAGGUGCUUUCAACAGUUCUGGCUGGCGCUAGCCCAGGUGGUCGGCAUGCAGCUGCUGGGGGCGCUGCUGGCUGCCACGUGGCAGAAGUUCUUCCGGGGGAACCUGCUAACCCCGGGUCAUAACCUGGACCUGUACAUCGUGCUGGCAACUCCGAACAUUUUUUUGUGGGCGGCGCUGGCACAAGCUAGCGACGCACAGCAGGCCAGCGCCGAUGGAGGCUCGCACACGGACUACGCCAAGUUCUGGCUGUCGCUCUUCUUCUUCAUCGUGCCGACGCUGACGCAACGGUUCCUCGUGUCACGCUUCUCGAAGGAGAUGCUCAUCGAGGCGCACCAGGAGGAGAAGAUGGACCGCGAGGAGUUGGAGAAGAUGUGGGCGCGCUACGACACCGACAAGAGCAACAGCCUGACGCUGCUCGAAAUGACGGACCUGGUGCGAGACCUGCAGAAGCGGACCACUGGGAGCACGCACAUCAACGAAUUUGUGGUGCGCAAACUGUUCGAAGUCAUGGACUCGGACGGCAGCGGCGACGUGGAAUUCGACGAGUUCCUCGCCUAUUUCAACGCGUACGGCAUGGUGGUGCAGCUGAACUGAUGGGGUUAUGUUUGGGUAAUCUAUGUGAAGGUUGCCAGACCCGGUGAAAAGUAUUAGCGACGGGUGGGGUUAGUCAGGGGGUUCGGCUUUUAGGUUGCAUGUUCUGAUUGUACUCGCUCUUAGUAGCUAGGCUAUGAAGCCACAGUAUUGUGGCACACGAAGUAGUGGACUGGCGCACAACUGGAGCUCUCAUGCAAUCAUAAGGCAUUCAUUGUAGUGUGCCCGACUCGUAUCCAAUCUGUUAAGGAAGCUUCGCGGGAAGCUUCAUGAUGAAGGCGCAGAACUUCAUUCCCCAUUUUGAAGCCUUCGUUGAUCAGGCUCUGCUGAUGUGGCAUAUAUAGCAGCCGUCAUUCGAAAACAGGCGUAGAUAAGGCGCUGACAUGGCGUCGUAGGAUUGGACCUAGGUUCACCAUGCACAUAAGACACCUACAGACUGGUUAAGGAACCGUAUACUUGCAGACGCCCUGGCAGUCUUAAGACCAGACCCGUUCUCCUAGAGUUUGGGCACUGAUCUCGCCGAGUAUAACAGGACCUCAUAUGGACUCACGAUCCGGCAUCUCAUUUCAAGCUUCCGCAUAGCUGCAU